AUGAUUGAGAAACAUGGAAUGAUGAAAAAUGCACCUAAACAAUUCAUGUACUCUAUUGGUUAUACACACUUUAAGAAUCUUCCUCUGAUAAAGAGCCAUCCUUCUAAGGAGGAAAGAACUCUUUCCGAGGGUGAAAUUCCAAAGUACGUUUUAGAUUAUAGCCCGGUGGUUUAUUUAUAUUCGGAGGAAAGAUAUCUACCUUACGAUGUUGCGGAGUUCACUUCUCACUUUCAUGCUGAAUUUGCCAACGGAACUAAAAUUAAAGUGGGCAUGGAUAAAUAUGGAUCUUCACAUAAUACGCUUCAUAUAACGGAUCUUGAGGAUCUCAGCAAAUACGUUACGGAUAAGGAGAUGGUAUACAUGACAAGCAACGAGGAUUUCGAUAAGGAUCCGGAUUGGCUUACAGGAAUUAAAAACGUUCCCAAUUACUAUAAUGGGGAAAUUCAGGAUGCACCGGCGACUCUUAUCGUGGUUGAUAAGGGCAACGGAUGGGUGGAUUCGUUUUGGUUCUAUUUCUAUUCGUUCAAUAUGGGACCGUAUGUGAUGGGAUUCGGCCCAUUUGGCGACCAUGUUGGUGACUGGGAACAUUCUUUGGUGAGAUUCUAUAAGGGAGAGCCUGUUGUUGUUUGGAUGUCUGCACACGGGGGAGGAGGCGCUUAUUUUUAUAACAAUCUCGAAAAAUACGACAACUCUAAGCAUCCGGUGAUAUUUUCGGCUCGUGGUACACAUGCAAAUUAUCCAAGCACAGGCCAGCAUGCACACGAUAUACCAUACUCAAUAUUAAGCGAUUUCACGGAUAGAGGCCCUCUGUGGGACCCAUCAUUGAAUUAUUUGGCUUACACGUAUAAUGACGACAAGGUUUCUGCUGCGAAUGGAACGGUACCUUUCAGAGAGACUUCUUAUGGCAAUUGGCUUCUUUACAAUGGAACUUGGGGCGACAAAAUGUUGGCGGCUAAUGAUUCUCGCCAACGCUGGUCUCCAUUUGAGUGGAAGUACAUAGAUGGUCCAAUUGGACCAUUGGGGAAGAAUUUGCAGAGGGUUUCACCUUGCCAGAGAUUUGUGGAACGUUAUAUAACCGGAUUCGACCUGGAAUCUUUAGGAAGAUACUCGAGACAAUUACUUGGGGAGGAUGGUUUUGUUGGAUCAUGGACUUGA